GUCUGCAUGUGUCUUCGUCCUCCUCUCUGCUCUCAGAAUAAGUCACCGUGCUGAGACUCCGAUAUUAUCCCACCGCCACCACCGUAUCUGUUUUUUUGAAUUUCAAUCUCACUCCAUUGAUAUACACUCAUAAACACAGAAACAGAGGAGGCCAGAAAUGGGUUGUUCCGUCAGGGAAAAGCAUCUCCGCACAAGCAGGAGGUCCCGAUCAAUGAAACCCGAUUUGGAUCCUUGCUGUUCCGUCGACAAGACGACAAUUUCCAAGUCCAUAAUCGAGGCGGGUCUUAGGAGUGGCCAGUUGGAUCUCAAUGAAUCGACCCAAAAUCCUAAACUUAAUGGUAACGCUAAUCUGGAUGAUCUUGGCUGGGGUUACUGCACUGAAGAGCAAUUAGAGGAAAUUCUUUUGAAAAGCCUGGAAUUCUUGUAUAAUGAGGCGAUAUCUAAGCUUGUAGCCUUAGGUUAUGAUGAGGAUGUUGUAAUGAAGGUGAUACUGAAAAAUGGGCAUUGUUAUGGGGAAAUGGAUACUUUGACAAAUAUAUUGCAGAAUUCACUGGCUUAUUUGAAUAAGAGUUGUGGGAGCAGUAAUGGGAAUUCAGACGAAUCUGAGCCUGUUUGUGCUGAUUUGAGGCAAUUGGAGGAGUAUUCACUAGCGGGUAUGGUGUGCCUGUUGCAGCAAGUUAGACCACAUUUGAGUAAAGGUGAUGCCAUGUGGUGUUUGCUUAUGAGUGAUCUUCAUGUGGGUAGGGCGAGUACAAUGGAGAUCCCAUCAGCUCCUUCAUCGGAUAAUGGUUCUAAUACAGUAUCAAAUAACGUGGAGAGUGUUAGAAACAAUGGGGAUGGUGUUGCACCAGUACCACCAGGCCAGUGUAGGUUUCAUGGUGGUUGGGGGUUUGGAAGUGGGGGAGGAUCUGAGUUCGCAUUAAAUGGGUUCUUUUCAUAUAGUGCAGAGAUGACCUUGCACAGGGAUAUUGAAUGCCCUAAGAGGUUUAAUCUUUCUCCUUCAAUGAAGUCUUUGUUGAAGAGAAAUGUUGCAAUGUUUUCAGCUGGUUUCCGGGCCAACUCAAAACAUAUGCAGACAGAAAGCCAGCCUUAUGUUAGGCAGUUGGCUGGUGGAAACACCCCUCCAGCUAUACCAGCAAGUGAAGUUCCUGUUAAGAAAUCUGAGUCUCAGAAUUUGAUGAAUCAAGAUGAGGUUAAUUUGGUGUUGAGUAAAUUCUGUAAUUUGAGUAUUGAUGAUAAACUGGAGAAUGUAGGGGAAGAUCAGAAGGAUGAGAUGAUAAUUAUGCUGCUUAAUCAGAUUAAGGAUCUUCGGAAGCAAGUGAAAGAGAGAAAGGAAUGGGCACACCAGAAGGCACUGCAAGCUGCAAGAAAGCUUUGUAAUGAUUUAACAGAGCUUAAACGUUUGAGGAUGGAAAGGGAGGAGACACAAAGGUUGAAGAAGGGGAAACCGACUCUAGAGGACUCGACCAUGAAGAGGUUGUCAGAGAUGGAGAAUGCUCUGAGGAAGGCAAGCAGUCAGGUGGACCAGGCAAAUGCAGCUGUGAGAAGGCUUGAGGCUGAGAGUGCAGAAAUCAGAGCAGAGAUGGAGGCUUCUAAAUUAAGUGCAUCAGAAUCAGUCUCAACCUGUUUGGAGGUUGCAAAAAGGGAGAAGAAGUGUCUCAAAAAGCUGUUGGCUUGGGAAAAACAGAAAACAAAGUUGCAGCAGGAGAUUGCAGAUGAAAAGGAGAAGGUUAAGGAGAUUCGAAAGUGUUUGGCUCAGGUGGAGCAGGACCGCAAAGAAACUGAGACAAAGUGGAGGCAGGAGCUGAAGGCCAAAGAGCUAGCCUUGGCUCAGGUGGAAGAGGAACAGCGCUCCAAGGAAGCAGCUGAGGCAAGUAAUAAAAGAAAGCUUGAGUCCUUGCGCCUAAAGAUAGAGAUAGAUUUUCAGCGCCAUAAGGAUGAUCUCCAAAGACUUGAGCAAGAUCUUUCCCGUCUGAAGUUGUCUGCACAGUCUGAUGAGUUGAAUAAUCAGUCAAAUACCUUAUUCACAGGAAAGUCAGAAGGGGCAAAGCCACAAGGAGAAACAAUUGCUCGUUUGCUUCAUGAAUUAGAUCAACUGGAGGACUUCUCUGAGAAAGAAGCAAACUGCAACAGAGAAUGCAUGAUAUGUCAGAAAGAGGAAGUCUCUAUUGUUUUCCUGCCUUGUGCACACCAGGUUCUUUGCAUCAAUUGCAACGACAAUUAUGAAAAGAAUGGUAAAGCUACUUGUCCAUGUUGCCGUGUUCCAAUUGAACAGAGAAUCCGCAUUUUUGGUGCUAGUUCUUAGCUGUUGUUCAGCCUGAUAAACUAUCAUGCAUGAAAAGACUCUCUCCUUCAGGUAUACUUUUCCAUACAACUUGCCUUUCCCUGGAGUCAGUGGUACCUCUUCAUUCUAUCUAGGAUACAUAUUUAAACAAAUCCAACCCUCCCCUGGGCUAAUGUCUGCAGCCUAUAAUAAAGAUCAAAACUUUUGAUCACAGUUAUUUUUUGCCUUUAGGUUUGAAAAAUGAUUGUGCAAAUGGUUUGCCUAUGUUAGCAAGUAUAUGUCCGUAAUAAAUAGCAAUAUCAUUU